CGCGUCUCAGAAUCCAAGAUGGCGGGGUCCAGGCGAAGGGGUCCCCAGGCCAGAGUUCGGCCGCUUCUCUGCGCCCUGCUGCUGUCGCUCAGUAGCUUGGUCUGGGGCGACGGCGUGGGAGGCGACCCCUCGGCUCCCGGCGCCGCUGGCACCCAGGGCGCGCUGCCGCAUCGCCGUUUCGAGUACAAAUUCAGCUUCAAGGGGCCGCACCUGGUGCAGAGCAAUGGGACCGUGCCCUUCUGGGCCCACGCGGGGAAUGCUAUUCCAAGUUCAGAUCAAAUUCGAAUAGCACCAUCUUUAAAAAGCCAAAGAGGAUCAGUGUGGACAAAGACAAAAGCAGCCUUUGAGAACUGGGAGGUGGAGGUGACAUUUCGAGUGACUGGAAGAGGUCGAAUUGGAGCUGAUGGCCUAGCAAUUUGGUAUACAGAAAAUCAAGGCUUGGAGGGCCCAGUGUUUGGAGCAGCUGACAUGUGGAAUGGUGUUGGAAUAUUUUUUGAUUCUUUUGACAAUGAUGGGAAGAAAAAUAAUCCUACGAUAGUAAUUAUAGGCAACAAUGGACAAAUCCAAUAUGACCAUCAAAAUGACGGUGCUAAUCAAGCUUUAGCGAGUUGCCAGAGGGACUUCCGUAACAAACCCUACCCUGUCCGGGCGAAGAUAGUGUAUUACCAGAAAACGCUGAUGGUAAUGAUCAAUAAUGGCUUUACACCAGAUAAAAAUGAUUAUGAAUUUUGUGCCAAAGUGGAGAAUAUGAUCAUCCCCCAACAAGGACAUUUUGGAAUAUCUGCUGCGACUGGAGGUCUUGCAGAUGACCAUGACGUCCUUUCUUUCCUGACUUUCCAGUUGACAGAGCCUGGAAAAGAGCCACCCACGCCAGACAGAGAUAUUUUGGAAAAAGAAAAAGAAAAGUACCAGGAGGAAUUUGAACACUUCCAGCAAGAAUUGGAUAAAAAGAAAGAGGAAUUCCAGAAGGGCCACCCCGACCUCCAAGGCCAGCCUGCGGAUGAAAUAUUUGAGAGUGUAGGAGAUCGGGAGCUAAGACAAAUCUUUGAAGGACAGAAUCGGAUCCAUCUUGAAAUCAAGCAGCUGAACCGACAGUUAGAUAUGAUUCUUGAUGAGCAGAGACGCUACGUCUCUUCACUGACAGAGGAGAUCUCUAAAAGAGGAUCUGGAGUCCCAGGACAGCACGGGCAGAUCACACAGCAAGAAGUGGAUAAUGUUGUGAACACUCAGCAGGAGAUUCUGAGACAAGUAAAUGAAAUGAAGAAUUCCAUGAGUGAAACUGUCAGGCUGGUGGGCGGGCUGCAGCACCCUGGCUCCGCGGGAGGCGUCUACGAGACCACUCAGCACUUCCUUGACAUCAAGGAGCACCUGCACAUGGUGAAGCGGGACAUCGACAGCAUAGUGCAGCGGAAUGUGCCAUCAAAUGAAAAACCGAAAUGCCCAGAACUACCGCCAUUUCCAUCAUGUUUGUCCACAGUCCACUUUGUUAUAUUUGUAGUGGCGCAAAUGGUGUUAUUCAUUGGAUAUAUCAUGUACAGGAGUCAGCAAGAAGCAGCUGCCAAGAAGUUCUUUUGACCAUCAUUUUCAUGUGUGUACAUCGUGUACGUAUGUACAAAACACUGACUUUUUAGGGAAUUUAAGUAUUUAAAUUGCUUAAUAGCCUAAAUUAUUAAAUUUUGUAUAAAAUAAAUGUUUAAACAUUGGUUUGCAGUAAAAAUAAACCUUAAAGAUAACCACAAGUAAAUUUGUUCAUAGUACAUAAAUUUGUUAAGAUUUUAGUGACUUGCUUGUCAGUGGCAUGCAGCCACUGGACAGAAUAAACGAUAGAAAAGGGGGCAGCUCCUGGUGUGGACAUCACCCCUCUCGUCCCACCCCCGCCUCCACUGUUGGAGGUUUCUGUGUUCACUGUAAACACACUGGCCCUCCUGCCUCCUCCCGCCCCCCACACGCUGGUCUCCUGAAGAAUGCCCCAUUGUGUUUGUUUUGUAACCAGAGUCUUUUCAGAGGUCUAAGACCUAGUCUUGCAUUCCUUUCCUUUUUGUACAGCUCACUUUAAAAAUCAAAGAAUAUUUUGUUGGAGAGCUUUAGGGUCUGGAUAAUAGAUUUCAGUUUGCUUUUGACGUAUUUCUUCCUGAUUAUCAGAGGUGUAUUUCACUUUUAGAGGAAAUCAAGAGGGGAAGUUAAGAGCUGCUUUUUGCCUGAAAAAAAUCACUUGUCCUGUGAACAUGUUUUCUCUGGGAAUUUUGCCUGGUGAUAGGGAUUCUUUUCACAAUUGCCCAUAUUGUUGAGUAUCUCCGUUCCAUUGAUGUCAGUUCAAUAUUAUGAGAAUGCAUGUGGUACUUGUCUCUCUCAUCUUGUAGAACAUGUAACUCAGCUCAGAGUGUGAUUUUGGAGGAUAUUUUAAAUUCACGAAGUCUACCACUAGGUUCUUGUUUACAUUCCUCCCUGCCACCUGGGGGUCCUGACUGUUUUAAAUCAAGGAGGCUGUGGUAGAAGUAGUUCUAAAAUUUCCUGAAGGUAAAAUUUGAAAAAUAGAGUGAAUACUUCUGAUUUGCUUCCAAGGCCAGAACUAAGGAUACUGUGAAGCAGUUGUUAGUAAGUUAACCUUGAAAUACCAGACGGGAAGGGUUUAUUUGGUUUUUGUUUUGUUUUUUAUAAAAAGUCUGUGUACAGUUUCAGGUAUUAUAGAAACCAUCUGUGAGUGACAUUUUAAAAUGCAGAUUUAAUUUUUUUUUCAUUAAUGUCUAAACUUUUACUGAUUUCAGAAUACUUUUUAGCUAAUGUGGUUGUCUUUUUUGGGGCCACAGAAUUCAAAACUGUAGUGUUGUGUACAAUAUGACUGAUGAAUUCUUUAGAUACCAUUUACAGAUUGGGCUAAUGACCCAAAAUCUCUGCAAAGACUCCACAACAAGUGCGGUGUGAGCAGAGCCUCGCUUUGCUUUUUAUGUUACCGUUUUUCCUGGAACCCUGACCGCAGUAUGCUAGUGACGAUUCGCUCCACUUCAGUCACUCUGCAUGGAAGAUGCUGUUGCAGUGGCUUUCCGUUGUAGUGCUAACGUUUGGAAGUUCAUGUUUGAGAGACACCAUCAUCACAGAAGUUACUCAUUCCAUUAAAAAAAUUAAUGCCUUCAGAAGAAUGUGUAAGUUGUAGACUAUCAAGUGAGAAAUCCUCUUGAGAUAAAAGGCUGCCAAACCCAGUGUUAUAAAGUCUGUGGUCACAUGUGCUUGAACGUAAAAGGACUCCCAGAUCUGAGCAGAAUUUGUAUUUCAGGCUAAGAAUCAAGGAGAAUCGUUCUGAUUGGUCCCAGUACACGUGGAAGGGGCAUGUGCAGAAAUCUUUCGUUUUUUGCAUGGUAAAUCAAUUUGCUUGGAAAGCAAUCAGUAAAGCGCUUACCCAGGAUGCUUGUCAUCCUCUGAAGUUUGGGUUGUUCCUUCAGAAGCAUUGACUUCAGGUAGCUCAUUUCUGAACAAAAAUGUUUGUUUUGUGGAAAACGCAGUCACUGCCGGAUUCCUUCCUUUCUGUACGAUUUUGUAUAAAUUGAAUUUGUUCACUUCUCUCACACCAGCAAGUAUUUUACAGGUGCCUUGGAUUAAAACAGAAUUGAUUUAAAAUUUUUAACCUAUGUCAUUAUGUUUAUGAUGCCACUUUUAAAAAAGAAAAUGCAAGUACAGAAUGGCUGAUACCCUUAGCUAAUGCACUUGCUUGUUUUCUAAUUGUUUGACUGCUUUACCAUGAAGUGACAGACAAUAAACAAUGUUUUGUUGCAUUUUAAA